AUGAAGCUGGCGGAGGAACGGACCUGGUCCCUGUUCCGGAGCCGGUUCCGACAGACCCUGACCUACUGGAGCGUCUUCUUCAGCUUCGGCCUGAGCAUCGCCUUCCUGGGACCCACCAUCCUGGACCUGAGGUGCCAGACCCGGUCCAGCCUGCAGCAGAUCACCUGGGUCUUCUUCAGCCAGCAGUUCUUCCUGCUGCUGGGCAGCUGCCUGGGGGGACUCGUCCGGAGAACCCUCAUGUCCUCCCUGGUGGCCCUGUUCUCCUCCACCCUCAUCAUCUCGCUCGUCUUUGCCAUCAUACCCCUGUGUCACCACGUGGUGCUGCUGUCCAUGGCCAUGGCGCUGGCUGGCACAGCCAUGGGUGUGAUCGACACCAUUGGCAACCUGCAACUGGUAAAGCUGUACCAGAAGGACGCCGCCAUUUUCCUGCAGGCUUUGCACUUCUUCAUCGGUCUGGGUGCAAUGGUCAGCCCUCUGGUGGCUGACCCGUUCCUGGCAGAUGACCGCUGUGUGUUGGGAGCCAACGGGACUAACAACUCGUCUUCCUCGGACUUAGAACACCUCCGUAACAGCCUGGGUGGACACGGAGCCAUGCUGGGCAACACCUCCCGGUAUCCUCUGUACACUGAGGGUGUCGUCGUCACCAGGGUGUCCUAUGCUUUCUGGAUCAUGGCUCUAAUCAAUCUUCCUGUGCCAGCAGCUGUGCUCACGUUGAUGCACCAUGAGGGGCUGGUGUCCUGCUCCAGCAGCAGCCCCCGUCUGCUCAGUCGGGAUCCUGGUCCCAGUCCGGCUGUGGACAGCAGCCAGGGACAUGGAGACAUGUUGGACUGCUUUAACCUUGACAGACUCCGGGGUCGACCGGCUACGUUCUUCAUCCUUCAUGCACUGGGCGGAACCAUCGUCUUCAUCACUGAUGGGAUCAUAGGCUCCUAUGCUGGCUUCGUCUACACCUACGCUGUGUCUCCUCCUCUACUGAUGGGUUAUAAGAUGGCUGGUUGUCUGGACAGCAUAUUUUGGGCCUCUAUCACAGCAGGAAGAUUGUGUUCCAUCUACCUCACCUACAGAUUUCAAGCACCUGUGCUGCUCACCAUUAGUCUGGGUGGAGUCGUGCUGGUCCAGUGUGUGCUGAUGAUCUUCUACACCAGCUGGAUGCUCCUCUUCGUGGGGACCUGUGUGUUGGGACUGUGCAUCAGCAGUGUGUUCCCUUCCAUGUUAGCAUUCACCGAGGACACGUUGGACUACAGAGGUUGUGCUACGGUAGUCCUGGUGACGAGUGCCAGCACAGGCGAGAUGAUGCUGCAGGUGCUGGUUGGAUCAGUGAUCAACAGUCAGAGCAGUUACUCUUUCCUGGUGUGUUCUACAGUCACCUCUUUCAUGGGCUUCUGUCUGUUCCUGCUGCUCCUUUACACCCGGCAAAUCCACAUAAACCUUCCAACAGACUCCUCUACAUACAUGGACAUGAAGGAGAAGCAGGAGGCUCCAGAUCUACAGGUGCCUGAGUAA